GGGAGGGGAAACUCCCAUCUCCUCGAAUCUACUUCAAUCACCCCAGGCUUCGCGAACAGUGUCCUAAAUAGAUUCUCCCUUCCCUUCUCGCCAAAAUGGUCAAAGUCCUUCUCACAGGUGGUAGUGGUUUCAUCGCCGCCCACAUUAUUGAUAUCCUUUUGGAGCAUGGUUUCGACACCGUAGUGACCGUCCGAUCUGAAGAGAAGGGCAAGCGUAUCCUCGACGCUCACCCGAAUACCCCCAAAGAGAAGCUUUCUUUUUUCAUUGUCGCGGACGUUGCUCAAGACGGCGCAUUCGACGAGGCUGUGAAAUCGGACCCUCCUUUUGAUUAUGUGCUUCAUACCGCAUCGCCUUUCCACUUCAACGUCCAAGAUCCCGUGAAGGAUUUCCUUGAUCCUGCAAUCAAGGGCACCACCGGCAUCUUGAAGUCCAUCAAGGCCUAUGCUCCUUCCGUAAAGCGCGUGGUCGUUACAUCAUCCUUCGCUGCGAUUGUAAACUUCAGUGGAAAUCACCCUAAGGUCUACGACGAGACGGUGUGGAACCCGAUUACCUGGGAGCAGGCUUUGGACCAUUCUCGAGUAUACAGAGGUAGUAAGACUUUUGCCGAAAAGGCUGCUUGGGAGUUUGUGGAGAAAGAGAAGCCAAACUUCGAUAUCGCUACGAUCAACCCGCCCCUGGUACUAGGCCCUGUUGUUCACUAUCUGAACUCGCUCGAGGCCAUCAACACUUCAAACCAGCGGAUCUUGGACAUGAUUCGUGGGAAGUACAAGGAACACUUCCCUUCGCCAGAUGUGUUCUUCUGGGUCGAUGUUCGUGAUGUUGCACUGGCACAUGUCAAGGCCAUUGAAGUCUCCGAAGCCGGCGGCAAGAGAUUCUUUAUCCUUGAGGGCUUUUUCUCUAAUAAGAAGAUCGCCGAUAUCAUCCGCGAGGCCCACCCCGAGCUGGAAUCUAAACUACCACCGAAGGAUGCCAAGGAUGAUAUACUGGAGGGUACCGUUGGGUUCAAUAACAGUAGAUCGAAGGAGAUUCUUGGUAUCAAGUACAGAUCAUUGAAAGAAUCCGUCUCUGAUACUGCUAACUCUUUGCUGGAGCUGGGCGCAGGGCGUGGAUAGUGCUAUCCAGCUGCGUUGAAGAUAUAACCGACCCCGAAGGUUACCAAUGCCUUUGCAAUGCUGGGUUACAGGUGAGCAUUAAGAAGUGUGAAUUCCAUAUUAUACAUACAAAGUAUCUUAGCUUUAUCCUGACUACAGAAGGCAUAGAGGUUGACCUAGAGAAAACAGCAGUGAUCUAGGGUUAGAAGACCCUCAGCACAGUACAGGAGGUCUAGUCAUUUCUAAGAUUCUGUAAUUUCUGUAGGAAGUUCAUAAAAGACUAUAGCCAGAUAUCUAAACCCCUUCACAGGCUCACCAAAAGGGAUGUCCCCUUUGAUUGGGAUGAGAAUUGUGAAAAUGCCUUCAAGGAUCUAAAAGAACAGCUUUUGAACGCC